AAACCUGGUGCACAAUCCCGAGUUUUCAUCAAUGAUGCCAUCCUGCUGGACGAAUCCCCACCGGAACUACACAGCGUCACCAUAGAAACAAACGGACGUCUAGUGUGGAGCCCGGAUGGAGAUUACAACCUGACCACCCAGUACAUUUUGAUCAAGGGGCGUUUUGACAUCGGCAGUGAUGACUGCAAGUUUCACAGGAAAGCCAACAUCACCCUUACAGGCAUCCGUGGCAAGUACAGAUACGUCAUGGGACCUCACCUGUUCGGGGAGAAGUUCAUCGGGGUGGCUCCGGGUGGCACCUUGGAACUUCAUGGCAGAGAGAAGCUGUCCUGGACUAAACUGACCAGAACUCUGCCCAAACUGACCAGCGCCAAUGGACUGCACUACGAACACAAGACAAGCAACCACAGUUCUGAUGGGAGUUGGAAGAAGGGCAUCCACGCUUACGUCAUGGAUGGAAGAAAUGGUCACGUGAUGGACUUUGCAAGCUUCAUUCUGGGAGAGUACAACAGUUACUACUCCCCGAGAGAUCCAGCGUCUCUGGCACAGUUCAUCAAUAGAAAGCCGGACACGUUAGACCAGAAGAUUGGUGUCAACUACAAACUGCGAUCUCAGACUGCCAAGGUCAGUCUGACUCUGUGGGACAGACGUUUGAGGUUCUCUGUCAGCAGCUACAUAGACAACAAACACUCCUACUUGAACUCUGUCGACUUUAGGGUCGUGUCAACUCAGGCUGCAUACCCCAUCCUCAAUGUUAUAGACGAUGUGUCGACAUGGCAACCAGGUGACAGAGUCAUAGUAACAUCCACGGACUACCAAUGGACCCAGACAGAGGAAGGAACUGUCAUCAAGUGUGCCAAGUGUCACCAUAAUCAAGUCCAGAUAGACUGUAAGUCCCUCAAGCAUCACCCGUCAGAGAACCAAGUGGAGCCGCGCUUCACACAUUGGGGGGAGAUGGUGGACGGUGUGGACCAGAGAGCCGAGGUGGCGCUGCUCACCCGCAACAUCCGGGUUGAAGGUCGCAUGGAGAACACGUGCCCACCUAGCAACCGCAACUGUAAUAUAUAUAACUAUGACACGUAUGGUGGCCAUGUCAAGUUUGUGAAGGGUUUCAAGGACGUCCACAUACAAGGGGUUGAGCUGACUCACAUGGGACAACAGUCCGAAAAAGGUUUCUAUCCAAUCCACUUUCAUAUGACUCACGAUGUCGACAGCGUUGGUAACUAUAGCAACCCAGCCUGGGUGCGACAUUGCUCUGUACACCACACCUACAGCCGCUGUGUCACCGUCCACGGCACUCAUGGUGCUACAGUCCAAGACAAUGUUGGAUAUGACCACCUUGGUCACUGUUACUUCCUGGAAGACGGCGGGGAGAAGAGGAACGUCUUCGACGGUAACCUUGGAGUAGGAACCAGAAAAGGGCAGUAUUCUACCCUCGGAUGGCAUCCUUUCAGUGGCAUAUCAACUGACGUUGAAAAAGAAAGUACACACGUGAUUGUUUGCAAGCCUGCCACGUUCUGGAUGACGUCACCGUCAGUGUACCUUAGAAACAACGUCGCCGCCGGUGGCGAGGGUAUAUGGUACGUGUAUCCCGACGAGCCAAUGGGUCCUUCCUUCGGUCUGGGAUUCUUUCAGAAGAAUGAAGCGAAACACACCGCCCUGCUGGAGUUCAACAACAACGUUGCCCACUCCAACAUCCAGGGGAUGUUCAUGGAUGGCAUCGUCGAGCCGGACGAGUCAGUCGGGGACAACAAUCACUACGAUGCAAGAGAGGACCCUCUAAAUACAACAUCUCCUUUCAAAGAGGUUGUUCUCUACAGACUGACGGCUUACAAGAACCAGUAUCAGAACGCCUGGAUCAGGGGUGGUCUGAUACGGAUGGAUCAUUCAUCGUUUGCGGACAGUGGACGGAGCUUGACCAUGGCUAGGGCAGCGGCUGAUCAAUCGCUGACCAACUCCAUCGUAAUCGGCGAAUCCCGGAAUCUUGGCGAACCUUCACGGAUCUCCCUUGGCAACGACAAAUACACCGACAUGCCGCGAAGUAUUCCACUUCCGUAUGACCCGCACCAGCCUCUAAACGGCUUCCUCUUCUACGACGGUCCUGUAUAUAUAAAGAACGUGUGGUUCAGUAACUUCAUCAGCAACGUCAACUACACCGCGGGGGCGAUCGGCUUCCUUCGAAACAACGAAUACAGUUCAUCUCCAUCCAACAUGGCUACCAAUGUCAAGUUUAACUUUGUGGACGGGCCCACAACGGGUAACCGAGUGUAUGACGGUAAUGAGACCAUCCACGGGUUUGGCAACGACGACGGCGACAAGACUGCCACCAUCAGGGACACCGACGGUUCCCUAACUGGGUACCGGGGGGCAACUGUGGUGAAGCCAGGGUCGUACUACCACAACGCUAGAUGCUACCGGCGGGACAACUGGAAUAUGCAGAUAUGCCCCCCAGGAGUUCGGCUCUUGUUGUGCAACAGAAAUAACACUUUAACUGCUAUCUCCGUGCAGUUGUCGAUACGACUCGGGAGUACUGGGGACCAUGGCAAGACACACCCCUUCAUGAUCAGAGACGACGACCCCGCUGCUAAGAUGACGGAGACGUGGGCGCACUCGGCGGCGUUCCCGGUGACGCUGGGGGGACAUUACAGCUACACUCUACACUGGAGCGGCAUCGUGCCCCACGAGUUUCAUAUUGUCGGGGAAGGGAUUGAUAAAGGUCGAUGGCUCAGGUUUGGCGUGUGUCUACCAAGGGAUGGCAAGUUCCACAUCUGGCAGUUCAAGCCAGUGUAUCGUGAUAGCCAGUCGAAAUGGGAGAACCAACACUGGACGGAACUGACCAGUGUAGCCGACCUCGAGAGAAGGACAAGUCGGGCACAGGCUACUUCUGGGAUAAACAUACUGGGUAAGACCCGCGUCGAGACACCACUGUCAUUGAUGUUCUUCAAGAUGUUCAACAACCAUGAGAGGUACAACAACGAGACUGACGCUUGUCCCGACGGCUGCCCCUACGUACGCAUCCAGGUCCUCUCCGGCAACCUCCACGACGGCGACUGUUCCUCCAGAGCAUAUGGACCGUACAGACGGGCACCUGUUACUGGAGUUCACGCCCUCCACCAGAACACCCUGCCGGCCACGGCUAGUCAGCCACCAAGGGACUGGGGUGCAGGACAUACACGUCCGUUCCUGACCAGGACCCCAGUCAACGGUCACUAUGGUCAGUGGUCAGGCUGGUCCCACUGCUCCAACACUUGCGGGGGAGGCUCCCAGGUGAGACACAGAGCCUGCGACAACAAGCACGGUUCAACAGACUGUCAGCGUCCACACGUGGAACACAGGAUGUGUAACACCAGACUUUGUCCCUCCACAGUGUUGCUGGGAUGA